UUUGUUGUUUUAAGAUUCAGCGGCUGGGAACCAAAAGUUGCAAGUAGCAUGGGUUAUGGUGAGCCCGUGGUGGACUUACCUUGGUAUAGGAGCGGGGCUGGAACUCCUGUGUGCCACUGUCUCUGUCAUUGUAUCAGGAAUUAAGAAAGGAGGCGUAUGUUUAGAUUAUUUUAUGUAUUCACUUAUAUAUCAGCAGAGGACAGGUUGGUGGGGCUAGGUAAGGUUAAGUGAGGUAGGUUUUAAAGUCCGUUGGUGAGCUGGCUUGAUUAUUGGGGACAGGAAGCCUGGCUUAUAUCGAGGUUAAACCACUGACUUAACCCAGGAUGCAACCCACAACAGUUGCCUAACUCCUGAUGAAAGGGACUGUGCCCAACCAUUUCUGUGCUUCCCGGGAAUUGAACCCAGGAGCUCUGUAGACUAAUACUGUGUUGGUAUUUUAAUCAUACUGGUACACUAAUUAUAUUAUGUAUUAUAUUUUUAUAUAGGUACUGUAUUGUAGUUAUUUGUUGAUAUAAAAUCUUGCUACAAUAUACCUUUUCAUUUAUAUUCGGACAAAGGAAUUCUGGUGGAUGUAGUUUACAUGGAUUUUGCUAAAGCUUUUGAUAAGGUACCACAUGAGACUUGUGAGGAAAUUACAGCCACAUGGAAUAAAUGGUAGAAUGCUAUUUAUUGAUUCAUUAUUUUAAUGGACUUGUAUCUUUUUAUAAAAGACUGCAAGAUAUUCAGUAACCUGAUGACAAAGACCUAAGAUUUGUAUUUCUGUCCAUACUAAGUACCUAACAUUUAGUCUCGAUUUAGGCUAGAGUAAACGUAUUCACGCUACUGAGGUCUGAAUUAGAGCGCUUACUAUAUUCGGCCGAGGACCAGCACUAAGGUGACCAAAAAGAUAUACUGUAUAUAAUGAAAACCUGUAAUAAGAGAGAGGGAGAGAGAUGUCUGAGUUACACUCUUCUUGGGUGCCUGCAGAAGCGCAUAUCACAUGGAAAAAUCUCCAGAUCUGUUUGGUUGAGUGUGCAAGCACAUUAUGGGUUCGAGAAACGCACUCGAGUUCCAUGUCUUGUGAGCUCAUGCAUUUCCAACAGAUGGAAAAGCAGCUGAACAAUUACUUUAAAAUGAGAACACCAAGAUAUAAUUUAUUGCAGUUUCCAGCUAAAGUUAAAGAUAUUGUAGCAGUCCAGCACAAGGGUCAUUGGUUUCGUGGGCUGGUGGAGAGCAUCGAGGACAGUAACACUGACCAGAAUGCAACCAUUUUCCUUCUUGACUAUGGCAUUACAAUUGAAACUAGUGGUUCUUCUAUAAUUUGCCUGGGUCCUGACCAGUGGACGAGUGUUCCCUACCAAGCUAAGCGGAUUCAUAUAUUUGGUGUUUCAGCUGUUUCACUGGAAUAUUCAUUCACUGCUUUGGACUUGAAAAUUAUACCAAAGGCAUCCAGUACGUGGGAUCAGGCAGCUAAUGACUUUGUAAACAAAAUUGCUAAGAAGAAACCAUAUGCCGAGUUUGUACCCUUGAUGCGUGGCCCAGAUGGUUGCUUACAAGGUUCCUUGACUGUACAUCUUGGCAGAGAAUUCUGUGAAGUUCUAACACGGUUAUCACCUCUUUGUCAUCUUGAAACUCAGAAAGAGACUGUAAUAGUAGACCUUGCCUUGAUUUUAGUUAAGUGUGGCUUUGCAUCAUGGGAUACAAAUUUAAUAGAGAUAUUAAAACAAAAGAAGAAAGAAGAAAUAUUAAAACAAAGGGAGAAAGAAGAAAAUUCAAGAAAAAGCUGUUUAGAGAAGAAUGGCUUUCAGACAGCAGAGUGUGAACAAAAAUUAGAUAAUGUAUUCAAGAAGUCAUCCUCUUACUUGGAUAACAGUGACUCGCCUUUCUCAGACGAGGUGUUUCUCCACAACCACGCAACCAACAUUAAAACUGAUAGCAUAAAUGAAAGCGAUGUACCAACUGUAGACAAUGGAGAGUACCAAGGAUUAGUGCUUCAAUCUGCUGCCAAAGGCCGUGGCUUGAUGAAAUUUUUGACGUUGCUUCCAAGUACACCCUUGUUAACAUCAGAUAGUUCUGAAAGUCUGUUAAUUGGUAGCUGUUCUUUUAGAUCAGAAGACAGUCAAAUAAGUACUUCCUUCCAAUCUGAUAUGGCAUUAGAGGAAAAUAUUUUGGCUACUUCAGUUGGAAAUAGAUCCUCAGGUGAGCUUACAUCUUCGCUGUCUGAUGUAGAAGAAAUUCCUGCUCCUGUUCUUGAAACAGAAAUAUUGAUUUCAACAUUAGUCCAAGCUUCAGGAGAUAAAAUUACAGAAGAGAAGUGUGAUGUAAAUUAUUAUUCACAAGGAAGCAGUGAAAAAGUAGCUUACAAAGGUGCAGCAAAUGACAUUGAUAACAUUCAUCUUAAUAGCCCUUUUGCAGGAAUAACUUCAUCAUCUAAGUCUCCAACAGUCAAAGAUCUUGUUCUAGUGCCAUCUCUAAGUGAAUAUGCUAAGAAAGAAUCUCCUAAGCUAUCUUUCACCACAUCAGGCUUGAGCCUACUGAAUAGACUUAAAUGCCUUGAUAAUGAGGAAAAGGAUAAAAUUAGUAACGGUGUAGAUGGUCAACAAAACCCUGGAAAAGGACCUGAUAAUGAAGUAGAGAUUAAAUGUAUGUUUAAGAACGAAUGUGUCAAUGAGAGACUUUUGAUUCAGCCAGAUGAGUUUAAUUGUGAUAUUGGAAAUGGCAUUAUUGCAAGAGAUGUUCAAGGGCAAACAAAAGGCCUACACAAGGUAGAUAUUUCAAAUUGGGUAUCUGCAUGCUCACUGGAAACUCAUCGGGAUUCACAUCACUCGGAGCAUAUGGAGCUGGGUAUUACACUGGAAGACAUGUCAGCAUUAACUGAGAAUCAAAAUUCAAAGGAUAGGCAUGUUAAUCAGAAACAACUAGAUAAAUAUAUAGAAAAGGUUAACUUCAGAGUCAGUCCAAAAAUAUGCAAUGAUUUCAGUCACAGUACUGAUAAAAUAAACCAAAUUAGCAUGCCAAAAACUGAUUAUAAAGUUAGCUGUAAAGAAAAGACACAUGAAAAACAGAAUAAGCACAAUGAAGUUGAGCACGAGAUUUUUAACAUCUCCUUUAUGUCUGACAACCGCGAUAUUUGGACCAGCGAGUUGACUAAUGAUAUACAGGAAGGAGAAUUUUUACCAAUGAGUUUGAAAAGUCCUGUCUCUAAAGUCCUUAAUAUAGCAAAAUUGCUUAGAGUUUUUGUUGCUGGUGAAUCACUCCUUGCAAAUGAAGAUAUUAUAACUAAUAAGAAUUUGAUGAAUGCUACUUUGAAUAGCCAUAUUGUUAAAGUGCUAAAUGAAGAAGGUAUGCAGCCCACUCGAUUGCAGGCUUAUACGUGGCCGGCAAUUACACACGGUGGUUCAACAAUCAUAGUAGGUGGGAAAGCCAGUGGAAAAACUAGGGGAUAUGUUGUACCGUUAAUUUCCACUAUCAUGGAUACCUGGCAGCACAUCAGUCGUCGUUUGGUUGAUGGCAUUGGGGCAGUUUUGGUAGUAUUGUGUAGUACCUGGCGAAAUGCAGAAUGUACUGCUAACUACAUUCUUAACAUUCUGCCUGCUUCCUUCAACCUGAAAGUCAUGACAGCCUGGGGUGGCUGUGGGCAUGACAAGGGCAAAGAUACAAAAAUUAAGCUACUUUUAGGAUGUGAUAUCCUCGUCACAACGCCCCCGUGUCUUCUAAGACUUCUUUCAGGUAAAUCAAUUAGCAAAGAUGAAGACCCUAAUCCAGAAAACAGUGAUACACUUGCUAAAUCUUUAGCUAGAUGUUGCCAUCUGGUUAUUGAUGAUGCUGAUUCAAGCCUGAAAUAUUUUGCUAGUGAUAUUAAGCAGUUGCUUAUUUUAUGGGGAGAGGGGAGAAAGGGGCGUGAACGUGGAGACCUACAACAACAAAUUGUAUUAGUAAGUUCUAAGUGGACCAAAUUGUUUGAUUCCUUAACACAGACCUUAAUAUCCACUAUGGAUCCAAUGGUUAUUGUUUCGGCUCCUAGUGAGGCAGCCAUUGGUGCAAGGGUUGCAAGCCACGUACACCUUGUGUUGGAUGAAGAAUCCUCACUUCAAAAAGUUGUUGAACUUGUACAAAAUUCAUACAGUCUCAAGAAAAAUUUAAUCUUUGUAUACAGUGAUUUAAUGGGUGACAAAUUGAAGUCCAUGUUAGAGACUGCUGCCAUUUAUUCAAUAAGUAUUCCCAGCAGCAUUGUUAUGUGCAAAUUGCAUAAUAUAGUUUCUGAGUGGCACAUGAUGUCAGCUGUCACCAUGAUUGUGUGCAGAGGUACCGAGCAAUAUCUCAUGAGACAUGAUCUUGCUGAUGCUGAUACUAUCUUUCAUACUUAUAUUGCUCCACCAGUUUCUAACUUUUUGUGCAGGUAUUCUUUUAUGGUCGGAAAGUUUUCUACUGAUCUGAACAAUAAAUCUCUGAAUUGUGAAUCGCAUAUAUUUGUGUCAGAAGAAACAUUCCAGUCAGUCCCUAAUCUUUUUAAUGAAAUACAAAGGCUGUGUGAAUACAUACCUGAUGAGGUAAUUGUUGCUGGUUCUGCAGUAGACAGAGACAAAUUCUGUCACUACAGUUCAUUGUGUUACUACAUCAAGGCUUAUGGUAAGUGUCCUGUUGAAAAUAAUUGUGGAUUUAAGCAUAAAGUACAAAUAUCUGAUGUUCCACGCUACCUACCAAGGAUGGGAGAAGUAACUUUUGAUAUUGUAAAAGUUAUAAAUGCCUCAAGAUAUUUAGUUCACCUUACAGAAUAUCGUGAAAAGGCAGGAGCACCUAGUUUAGACUUGAGAAAUCAUCAUCAUAAAUUAAUUCUAGCUCUUCAGCAGUACUUUGCCGAUCCAGCUAAACAUAUCCAGUUGAAGAGUGUUGAACCAGGAAUGUUUUGUGCUGUCGAUGAUAAUGGAAUAUGGGCCCGUGCACAGGUUAUUCGAAUUGACUACUCUGAUGCUGCUCCUGCUGUUAAAGUGUUUCUUGUGGAUGAAGGAAAAGAAUUAUAUAUUGAAUUAAAAGCUGCUUUUCUUUUGCCAUCACAUCUUGCAGCUUUGCCAGAAUUAAUUGUUGAGGUAUACCUGUGCCGUAUUCAACCUGUUGACUAUGACAGAGAGUGGACAUAUGAAGCAUCCCAGUAUGUACACGAGAUCUUCACCAGUGGUAAAAGUAACAGAUUUGUUGGUCAAAUAACAUUUGCACUUUGUCAUACACUAUGGCUAAGUCCAGUAGUUGAACUUGUGCAAGUAGGAAAAUCAUUUGUACAAAAAGAAUCAUUUAGGGGAAAAUUAAUCGCAAAAGGAUUUGGAAUUGAUAAUCCUACACAUCUAAAAAUGUUAGAGCAACUCUGUUCCCAAGCUGGCCUGUCACUAAAUCACCAAACUUUAUGUAACACUGAUUGGAAAAGUUCUUUAAAUAAAGCUUAUAAUAUGUUAUAUAUUUCACAGUUGGAGGAGGACAUACAAAGCAAUACUUUAAAGAUAGAUAGAAGUGCAGAUGUCAGUAACUGCGACGUACAAUUAGAGGUACAAGGUUGCGAAAUGGAAGAUAGAUUAGGCUGCAGUACAGACGCAGAUGCUUAUCUUGAGGAUGACAGGUUGUCUUGUACCUCAUCAUUAAGUGAGAGAGCAAACAGAGACUCAAAAGACAAAUUGAUCCAGCAUACCUGCACCUCCCCUACAAGUGACACAGCAACCUAUCUCCUUGCACGAGAAGAUCUGCCACUGAAUGUAGAAAUACGAGUGGAGAUAGGUGAAAUUGUUUCACCUGACCGGUUCUUUGUUCUUCGGGAAGAUAAACUUGAUCAGCUAAACAUCCUUGAGAUAGACUUGGCUAAUUUGACAAAAAAGUUUAAUGGUGGUAAAAAAGACUAUACUGAAGGCCUCCAGCAUAAUAUCUGUAUACCAUCCUGCAGCUACUGCAUUGCAAAAUUUACUGAUAACAUGUACUAUCGAGGAUGGGUAGAGUCCAGUGAACGUGAUGGAAACGUGACCGUAUUUUAUGUGGACCAUGGAGAAACGUUGACGAUACCAGCACAUGAGGUUCAUGCGUGUCCAUGCACCAUUCUGGAGGCUCUUCCUGCUCAGGCAAUUGUUUGUUGUCUGGCUCACAUUAUUAUUCCCAAUGACAUGAAAGAGAAGGCAAAGAGGUUUAUGUUGCAUUUGGCCAGCACUGCUGGUGUAUGGAUUGCUAAGGCAGUUGAGAUUCGAAAAAUAAUUGAGGAGCAGAUAUGUAGUGUGGAAUUGAUUGACAUCUCGGUUGACCCUCCCAAGCAAAUGUGGCAAGAACUUGUAUGUGCAGGACUUGCCAUUCAAGCAGACCAAAUGGAGGAAACUAAUGAUGAAAAAUCUCCACCACUGGACAUUCUUAAUGACUCCUGUAUAGAUGGUAAGGAGGCUGCCGAUUUCCUGUUGAGUAUACCCUCAGUAAAGGCUCAAAUAGAAAAAGUUAGAGAACAGCAUGUUGGUGAAGCAUUAGAAAAGGCAAAUGACAGGACGACUGCAUCAUGUGAUUAUUCGAUUGCAUCCUUACUUCACAUUGUUAAUUCUGACCUAGAGAAAGAAAAGCAUGCUGAAAGAGAAUUAGAGAAUUCAGAUGACGAGAUCGCUGUAGGUUGUGAAGACUCUUGCAUAUCCACAGUUAAUCCUGACUUAAAAAAUAAGGUAAAUGAUUACAUAGAAAACAGUCUUAUCAAUAAUAAAAUGUUGGAAAAUAAAAAGACUGGUGAACAAGAAGAAAACAGUGUCUUAAAACUCGAGAAAAAUAUUGGAUCAUUGAAAUCUUGCAAACCUCAUAUUAUGAACAAGUCUGCAAAAGUUAGGGUUCAGCAGACAGAGAAUGUGGCUAACAUCAGUAAGCCUAAUAAAAAUCAGAGAGCAAUUGAAAUGGCUUCAAAAGAUUUUCAACAUAUGUGCCUUAUUGUGCCACCCCUGGAAGCUGUCGAAGGCAUCACCUCUAAACUAUCUCCAGAAACAUCAUGGAGUCAAAAAGAUGAUUCAGUAUCUGUGAUUAUUCAUCUCAUGGGGGUAAAGCUGUACAAGUGUCGUAUUGAAUCAUCUCGACUGAUGUUCAUGACCCUAUUAGGAGAAAAGUUUUAUGUCCUUGAUGAAGAUUUAGGAGGAGAAAUAGAUGCCGAGCUUUCAUCUAUAUGUGUAAAGGGAACAUGUGUAGCAAUCACCCUCACUAAGGCUGCAAAAGUAAAAUGGCAAAGUUUAUUUGCAAAUGGUAAACGACGGCCAUGGUUGAGGGCAGACUAUCAGACUCUUUGUGAUAAUGAUGAAAUAUCUAGUAGUGAUAAUGAAAGCAAUUGGUGUGAUGUAGGUGUGAAUACUCAAGUAAAGAAGAAUGGAGGGCUACCAGGUGGAAUCAGUGAUAGUGACCUCUCCAGUAAUGAAGGUUCUGAUAACGAUGAGUUCUUGAUAUCAUGAUUGAACAUUUAUGACCAAAUAAAAUAAGAUUGUAAUAAUUUGAUAAUGCAAGCAUAUUACACAAUGUAAGAUACAGUAAUUACAUUGUGUAAUAUGCUUGUUUCAACAUAUCUGAUUAAUAUUUAAAUUGUUUAAAAACAACAACAAAAAUUUGCCAGUUAUGCUGGCAGCAACCAGUUCAUUCACUAGUGUCAAGUUAACUCUUAUUAGAUUUUUAGGUUUGAUCAGGAUACAGUAUUCUGAAUUGCUAAAGUGGAUAAUAAUAAUUUUUGUCUAUGAACAGUAUGUAAUCACAAGAGACCUUGUUUGGUCUGGGAAGGGAGUUGCCACAAUAGACCACCCUCCAUGCUAACAUUACCAUGUUAAUCUAAACUGUUCAGCUCACUUUAUCAUAAUUUAUUGAUGACCAAACCACAACUCGGAAGAUGAAGAAGUGACGACAUUUCGGUCUGUCCUGGACCGUUAUCAAGUCGUGUGAUAGAAGAGAGAAAGGUACAGGCAAAUAUAAGGUAAGAGAAUAAGGUGAGAGGUGAGGAACUUUGCCUGUACCUUCUUCUCUGAAUCAUCACAUGACUUGAUAAUGGUCAAGAAUGGACCAAAACAUUGUCACUUCUCCAUCUUCAGUUAUGGUUUGGUCAUAAUGUCUUCAGCCACGUUAUUGAGUCAUCGUGUAUUUGUUUUGGGUGAGGGUGAUGUACAGUAUACUGAUUUCCCAUUAAUCUUGAUGCUUCAUUGUGCUUGUAAUCUAUUAUUGUUUUUGCUUGUCCAAAACAUUUCUAUAUAGAAUUCCAUGUUACAUGAUCCCACUGUCAUAUCUUCAGUGAGUGGCAUGAACAGCUUCCACACUGUUUGUUAGAGCAGCACUUUAAUAUUCACUGCUCUCAUGUAACAUGGUGGGUCAAGUGAAGUGUAGUCACUUUCUUAAAUAUUGCCUGUCUAAGCAGGCAAUAUCCUUUCUCUGUUUUGUUUUGGUGUAGUUUGAUGGUCACCACAUUAAAUCAAUCUCAACCUUGAUUUAAUGUGGUGUGAUAUAAUGAAAAUUAUAUAAGGAAAAUUGAUACUGUAUACAAAAUUCUUGAGUUUACACUGUAUGUAUUUGUGAUUAAAUAACCAGAAAUUAUGGGUGGAUACUCAUACAAUGCUUAAUUAGGAUCAGUUUAAUUUGUUGUCUCUGUCAUUUGAGUAAUAGAAUAAAAAAACUGAGAAAAACAUAUUACUGUAAAUAAUGUUUUCAUUUAUAAUCAGUUACAGCCUGUGCCAAGUAAGUCCACUACGGGCUCACCGUAGCCCGUGCUACUUGGAACUUUUGGUUUCGAGCAGCUGAAUCUAAAACAACAACAUUGAUAAUUAUAAAUUGUAAUAAAAUGUGCAAGGGAUUGUU